GGCAGGCGCCGGCUGUGCAGGCGCAACGGAGAGGCCGACAGAAGGUGAGAGCUCGCUGUGGGCUAUGGGAUGGAUGAGGUGGAGCAGGACCAGCAUGAGGCCCGACUCAAGGAGCUGUUUGACAGUUUUGACACAACGGGAACCGGGUCCCUGGGCCAGGAGGAACUCACCGACCUUUGCCACAUGUUGAGCUUGGAGGAGGUGGCCCCAGUGCUGCAAGAAACAUUGCUUCAGGACAACCUUUUGGGCAGGGUGCAUUUUGACCAAUUUAAGGAGGCGUUAAUACUUAUCUUGUCUAGAACUCUAUCAAAUGAAGAACACUUUCAAGAACCAGACUGCUCGCUGGAAGCUCAGCCCAAAUAUGUUAGAGGUGGGAAGCGUUACGGACGAAGGUCCUUGCCUGAGUUUCAAGAAUCUGUGGAGGAGUUUGCGGAGGUGACAGUGAUUGAGCCUCUAGAUGAAGAAGCACAGCCUUCACACAUCCAAGCCAGUGACUGCAACGAGCGCUGGAAGACACAGCACAGUGAGGAAUAUGAAGCCGAAGGCCAGUUAAGAUUUUGGAACCCAGAUGAUUUGAAUGCCUCACAAGGUGUGUCCUCCCCUCCCCAUGACUGGAUAGAAGAGAAGCUGCAGGAGGUUUGUGAAGAUUUGGGGAUCACCCGUGAUGGUCACUUGAACCGCAAGAAGCUGGUCUCCAUCUGUGAGCAGUACGGUCUGCAGAGUGUGGAUGGAGAGAUGCUUGAAGAAGUCUUUCAUAAUCUUAAUCCUGAUGGGACAAUGAGUGUAGAAGAUUUUUUCUACGGCUUGUUCAAAAAUGGGAAAUCCCUUACGACAUCCGCAUCUACUCCAUAUAGACAACUGAAAAGACACCUCUCCAUGCAAUCUUUCGAUGAGAGUGGACGACGAACUACCACCCCUUCAGCCAUGAUGACUACCAUUGGCUUCCGGGUCUUCUCCUGCCUGGAUGAUGGGAUGGGCUAUGCAACUGUGGAGAGGAUCCUGGAUGCCUGGCAGGAAGAAGGCAUAGAGAACAGCCAGGAAAUCCUGAAGGCUUUAGACUUCAACCUUGAUGGAAAUGUCAACUUGACAGAAUUGACACUGGCUCUUGAAAAUGAACUUUUGAUCACAAAGAAUAGCAUUCACCAGGCAGCUCUGGCCAGUUUUAAGGCUGAGAUCCGGCAUUUGCUGGAGCGAGUUGAUCAGGUAGCCAGAGAAAAAGAGAAGCUACGCUCAGAUCUGGACAAAGCCGAGAGACUCAAGUCUCUCAUGGCCUCUGAAGUGGACGAUCACCACGCGGCCAUCGAGCGGCGGCAUGAGCACAACCUCAGGAAACUGGAUGAAGAGUAUAAGGAGCGUAUAGCAGCCUUAAAGAAUGAGCUCCGAAAGGAGCGAGAGCAGAUCCUGCAACAAGUGGGCAAGCAGCGUUUAGAGCUUGAGCAGGAAAUUGAAAAGGCAAAAACAGAAGAGAACUACAUCCGGGACCGACUUGCCCUCUCCUUAAAGGAAAAUAGCCGGCUAGAAAAUGAGCUUCUGGAAAAUGCAGAGAAAUUGGCAGAAUAUGAGAAUCUGACAAACAAACUUCAGCGAAAUUUGGAAAAUGUGUUAGCAGAAAAGUUUGGUGACCUUGAUCCCAACAGUGCUGAAUUCUUUCUGCAAGAGGAGAGGCUGACACAGAUGAGAAGUGAAUAUGAGCAGCAGUGCAGGGUAUUGCAAGACCAAGUAGAUGAACUCCAGUCUGAGCUGGAAGAAUACCGUACACAAGGCAAAGUACUCAGGCUCCCCUUGAAGAACUCCCUGUCAGAAGAACUCGCUGGUAACAGUAGCUGCACAGAGCCUGAUCAGGGCCUUGGCUCUGAAGAAUGCAACCCAUUGAAUAUGAGCAUCGAGGCGGAGCUGGUCAUCGAACAGAUGAAAGAACAACAUCACAAGGACUUGAGUCGCCUAAGACUGGAGCUUGAAGAUAAAGUGCACCAUUAUGAAAAGCAGCUAAAAGAAACCAGGGUUGCCUGUGAAAAGGAGCAGGAAAACACCAAGCAAAAGUAUGAGAAUGAAACACACACCUUGGAACAACAAAUAAGUGACCUUAAAAAUGAAAUUGCGGACCUUCAGGGGCAGGCAGUGGUUCUCAAAGAGGCACAACAUGCAACCACCUGCAGACACGAGGAAGAGAAAAGACAACUGCAGGUGAAGUGUGAUGAGGAAAAGACUCACCUGCAAGAGAGACUGAAGUUGGAACAUGAGCUGGAGCUUAAGGCUAGACUGGAGCAAGCAGAGGAAAGCUUUAACCAAGAAAGAGAAGGACUCAUUCAAAAUGGCACCUGGACAGAAGAGAAGGUGAGAGACUUGACUCAGGAGCUAGAGCAGUUUUACCAGGAACAGCUGAAAAGCCUGGUGGAGAAGCACACUCUUGAGAAAGAGGAGUUGCGAAAGGAACUCUUGGAAGAACACCAAAGAGAACUUCAAGAGGGCAGGGAAAAAAUGGAAACUGAGUAUAAUAGAAGAACCUCUCAAAUAGAAGCCCAGUUUCAGGCUGAUUGUCAGAAAGUCACUGAGACAUGUGAAUGUGCCCUGCGCAGCCUGGAAGGGCGCUACUGCCAGGAGCUGAAGGACCUUCAGGAGCAACGAUGUGAGGAGAGAGCCCAGUGGGAGUUUGAGAAGGACGAACUCACCCAGGAGUGUGCGGAAGCCCAGGAGCUUCUGAAAGAGACUGUCCAAAGAGAGAAAGCAACUUCUCUGGCCCUGAGCCAAGAGAAAGAGUUGCUGGAGAAAACAUACAAAGAACAUUUGAAUAGCAUGGUUGUUGAGAGAGAGCAGCUACUCAAAGAACUAGAAGAUCUCCGAAAUGUGUCUGAAAAUCAGCAGAGCCUACUGUCCAGCCAGAUACUUGAGCUGAAGGGCAGUCAUGAAAGAGAGUGGAAGGACAGUAAGCAGGUCAUGGGCCAGGCAGGUGCUGUGGAGCAGCUGACCAGCCAGCAGCUUCAGAGGCUGCAAGUGGAGCAUGACCAGGAGAGGCAAGAAAUGAUGGUCAAGCUUCUGGCCUUAGAAAGCGUCCACAGGAUGACCUGUGAGAAAGCAGAUCGAGAGCGGGUUGAGAUGAGCACAGAAAUCUCCAGACUUCAGAGUAAAAUUAAGGAAAUGCAGCAGGUAGCCUCUCCUCACCCCAGACUUCAGAGUGGCUGCCAGGCAAUGGAAAGGGAGGAGGCAGAAGGAAGCGGAGCCAUGUCCCUGCUCCAGCAAGGAGAGCAGCUACUGGAAGAGAACGGUGAUGUCCUCUUAAGCCUGCAGAGAGCUCAUGAGCAAGCAGUAAAGGAAAAUGUGAAAAUGGCUACUGAAAUUUCAAGGUUGCAACAGAGGCUGCAAAGGUUAGAGCCAGGGUCAGCAAGGUCUUCUUGUUUAGAUGAACCAACUACUGGAUUAUUUGGAAAUUCUCUUGAACAAACAGAGCCAUAUUUACUGCAGAACAAAACAAAGCAAGCAGAAGGUGUAUCUGUGAGGCAUGUCCUAAAUGACCUGCAGGCUGAUGAGGUCCGGGACCUGGAAAGUACAGGAACAAGUUCUGUUCAGAGGCAGGAGAACAAAAUAGAGGAGUCUGAAGCAUCAAUAGAGAGUUUUUCUGAGCUUGCAAAUAGUGAGGAGACCAGGACUGAGACAUGGGACCUGAAGAAUCAGAUUUAUCAGCUUCAGGAACAGCUGAUGAUCUUACGUGCUGACUGCAACCGAGCUUCUGAGAAGAAACAAGACCUCCUUUUUGAUGUUUCUGUAUUGAAAAAAAAGCUGAAGAUGCUGGAGAGAAUCCCUGAGGCUUCUCCCAAGUACAAAUUGUUAUAUGAAGAUGCUAAUCGGGAAAAUGAUUGUCUUCAGGAAGAGCUGAGAGUGAUGGAGACACGUUAUGAUGAAGCACUGGAAAACAACAAAGAGCUCACUUCUGAAGUUUUCAGGCUGCAGGAUGAGCUCAAGAAAGUUGAAGAAGUGACCGAAACCUUGCUUAGCCUGGAGAAGAGUUAUGGCGAAGUUAAGAGGGAAAAUGAGGAACUGCACGUUUUAGUUCUGAGACUGCAAAGCAAGAUUGAAAAGCUGCAGGAAGGAGCAGCGUCCCCAUGGGACUGCUCCUCCCUGUGGGAAGCCCGCUCAGAUAACCUGGAAGGCAAACCUGGCGAAACGGCACUUGAUCUCCAUCAGGCGCUGGAAGAACAUGUGCCGAGGGAUGUGAGUGUCCACCAUAUUAUAGAAGAACAUUAUCAGGUAGAUCAAUACGUUGAGCAGGAAAACACACAGAUCCCAGGAAAAGUGAAAGCACGGGAAAUUGCCUGGCUACACAGAACAAUCCAGACACAUCGAGAAAAGUCCAGAGUACAGAAUCAAGUUACACCGGAGGAAAAUAUUGCCCUCCUACACCUUCAAGACAAACAUUGUCCACGUCAGACCUCACUAGCAGAAUUAGAACUGGAGAAAAAAAAGCUGCAGGAGUUGACUAGGAAGUUGAAGGAGAGAGUCACCACUUUAGUUAAACAAAAAGAUGUGCCUUCCCAAGGAGAAAAGGAAGAAGAACUGAAGGCAAUGAUGCAUGACUUGCAAAUCUCCUGCAGUGAGAUGCAGCAAAAAGUUGAACUUCUGAGAUAUGAAUCUGAGAAGCUUCAAGAGGAAAAUUCUAUUUUAAGAAAUGAAAUUACUACUUUAAGUGAAGAAGAUAGCAUUUCUAACCUGAAAUUAGGGAAAUUAAAUGAAUCUCAGGAAGAGAUGUGGCAAAAAAUAGAUACUAUAAAACAAGAAAAAACUGCAGUUCAGAAGAUGGUUGAAAUUUUAAAGAAACAGAUUUCAGAAUUAAAAACCAAAAACCAACAAUUGGAUUUGGAAAAUAUAGAACUCAGCCAAAAGAAUUCUCAAAACCAAAAAGAACUGCAAGAACUCAAUCAACGUCUGGCAGAAAUGCAAUGCCAGAGGGAAAAGCCUGGACACUGUACGUUCGAGGAAUGGGAACAAGAAAAGGACAGUCUGAAAGAAGAACUGACCCACUGUCAAGUGCAGUCCUCCACACUGGUGUCUUCUCUGGAGGCAGAACUUUCUGAAGUUAAAAUACGGACCCAUAUUGUGGAACAGGAAAACCUCCUUCUCAAAGAUGAACUGGAAAAAAUGAAACAACUGCACAGAUGUCCUGAUCUCGCUGAUUUCCAACAACAAAUUUCUAAUGUCCUCAGCUACAAUGAGACACUGCUGAAAGAAAAAGAAGCCCUAAGUGAAGAAUUGAACAGCUGCAUUGAUAAGUUGGCAAAAUCAAGGCUUUUGGAGCACAGAAUUGCUGCUAUGAAGCAGGAACAACAAUCUCAGGAAUAUCAGAGUGAAAGCUUAAAGUCACAGCUGGUGUCUUCACAGGAAAAGGUUAAGAAUCUAGAAGACACCCUGCAGAAUGUAAACCUGCAAAUGUCCCAAAUUAAAUCUGAUCUGCAAGUGACUCAACAGGAAAAUGAGGCUUUAAAACAAGAAAUAAUGUCUUUACAUAAGCAACUUCAAAAUGCUGUUGACAAGAACUGGGCUCCAGAAAUAGCCAGCCAGCCAUUGGGGUUCCAUAACCAGCAGCAGAAGCCAUUUUGGGACAAGGUGGAUCAUCCGAUGCAUGACAAACAACAGCUGGUUUGGCAAGAAAAGGAGAGACUCCAAGUUGUGGUGGAGAACACCAAAGCAGAACUUACACACUCCCGGGAGAAGGUUCGUCAGCUGGAAUCCAAACUUCCUACCCCCAAACACCAAAAGCAUCUAAACCCAUCAGGUAGUACGAAAUCCACAGAACAAGAGAAAUUGAGCUUAAAGAGAGACUGUGAGCAGUUCCAAAAGGAACGAUCUACUAAUAAAAAAGUCAGUCAGAUUAAUUUGCUUGAACAAGAACUAGAAACAAUUCAUUUGGAAAAUGAAGGCCUGAAAAAGAAACAAGUAAAACUGGAUGAGCAGUUAAUGGAGAUGCAGCACCUGAGGUCCACUGCGAUGCUUAGCCCAACCCCUCGUGCUUGGGGUCUGCAGCUGCUCCAGCAGCAGGCCUGCCCAAUGGUGCCCAGGGAGCAGUUUCUGCAGCUUCAACACCAGCUACUGCAGGCAGAAAGGAUAAACCAGCGCCUGCAGGAGGAACUUGACAAUAGGACCUCUGAAACCAACACACCACAGGAAAACCAAGAACUUGUAACUGUCAUGGAAGAACGAAUGAUGGAAGUUGAACAGAAAUUGAAACUGGUCAAAAUGCUUCUUCAGGAGAAAGUGAAUCAGCUUAAAGAACAACUCUGCAAGAAUACAAAAACAGAUGCAAUAGUGAAGGAUUUGUAUGUUGAAAAUGCCCAGUUGUUGAAAGCUCUGGAAAUGACUGAACAGAGACAAAAAACGGCAGAGAAGAAAAAUUACCUCCUAGAAGAGAAGAUCGCCAGCCUCAGUAACAUAGUCAGGAAUCUGACACCAGCACCACUGACUUCUACACCUCCUUUGAGGUCUUAACCAAGCCAAAGGAUAAAUUCUUAUUUGUGCACUUUACUGAAAUGGAUGGUACAUUUCAGUAGGUUCUUGUAACUUUUUAAAAAACCUUCAAUGGAGUAAAGCCUAAUCUAACCUAAAACAGAAUUGGAGUCUCUAGUCAUUAUAAUUAGUUUUACUAAAUAGACUCUUAGAGUUGUAAAUUUACAAGUUUGAAUUUUUUCCUAAGUUUUGAAUUUUUAAAAAUUGUUGUAAUAAUUAAAAAAAAUUGUAAUAGCUUCCAAGAAGGUAGAUACAUAAAAAACAAUUAAGAGCCUUAAAACCCCAGUUUUGAAUGAAUUUUAAAAAAUCAUUAUUAUAUACUAACUUACUCUACUUACCCACUAUUUCAAGUUGGAGAGCUGAUUAGCUGGUUGUUUUAAACUUGAUUUUAAAACAAAUUUAUGUUUUCUUAUAUAUUUUGGUAUUGAAAAAUGAUUCUGUUUCUAAUAGUUUUUAUCCUUUCAAUUAUUUUAGUAGACUUUCUGCUUGAUAAGGUAGUUGGCCUCAAUCACUGAGGUUAGAAAAGUCCAUAGAACUCUACCUUCUAACAUCUUUGACAGUAUUACCACUAUUGCUGUGUUAUAGAUGUAAAACUGAUUUACUCAUCUGAACUGUUAGCUAAUGUUAAAGCUUUACUCUCUUUAAGCGGUCUCUUUUUUCCUUCUCAGAAAUUUCAUUGGAAUCUUGCCUUCUAGGAAAUGGAUAAAGCCACAUUCUUGAAGCAUUUGAACUAUAGGGAAAGAACUGAAUAAAACACUUGGAGUAAAUAGCUACUCUUAGACAGCUGAGAGAGAGAGACUGAAGUUUUGGAGUUCAUGAACUUAUAAUUGGAGUUGCCUCAAGACCUCAGGGAACAAUGCUUUAAACUGUCUUCCUGAUAUACUGUUGGGCCUCUUUAAGAAUUUAAAAUUAUAAACCACAUGACCUUAUUUAUUUGUCUUCUAUUUACAGCUUUCAUGAGAAUUUUAUUUUUACAUUGUUAGUGAGUUUUAGCUUCUGAGAAAUCUUAUUUUAGAAUUAGAAAACCUAACUCAAAGAGUUUUUAUUAUUUGCUUGUUUAAUAUAGGUUCUUUACACCUCAGAUAUGAUAGGAAUUUUUUACAGUAAGCACUGGCAUGUCAGCUGAGGUAAAGGAGAAUGAAAUAGGCCAUUUUAUCCCAUUUGAAGACCAGAACACAUUUUAGAUUGAUAAUUUUUCCCCCAAGGAAAAUCUCUGCUUCUAACCUACUUCUACCAACAACUGCUAGAGGAUUUACAUGGUACAGUACACUAACAAAACUUAUUACAGCCACCUUUUUGUUUGCAUGGGAGAGUAAUUAGAUAGGAAAAAUUCACUUUGGUGUACUUCUGGAAAGCCAAGUCCAUGGACUUAUAGAAGGCAUAAAAGAAAAAUCCAGUACCACUUUAUACAGCAGGAAAUGAAGAAGACACAGACUCCCUAAGAAGUCAUCUAAUGUCAGAUACUCAAUCUCAACAAAUAACUUGCAUCAAGGAACUUUGGGUUCCUCACAGCCUAACCAUCUGCUUAUAAUCCUACCUACCAACAAAGAAGUCCUCAUUAUGACAAAAGCCCUGACAAGAGUAUGGUUAUUUGUGAGACUGUAAGUUCACACUCCUGAAAUGGACCUUUUCAUCUUUGGACACUUAUCAGGAAAUCUUAAUUUCCCACUGGAAAAAGAAUUGUAAUCCUUCCCUAUCAUGCCUUUUAUAAUCUUUCUCCUCCACAGAAAACAUUCUAUAAUCUCAACUACUUGUAUGGCAUUGGCUUUAACACAUUUUUUUUUUUUUUCACAUAAAACUGGAUAGGCCUAGAACAAGAUUAAAAAUAAGCAUCUCUGGUAUAUUAAGUGAUAUGCUUCAAGUUAUACAAGUUUAUUAACACAAAAGUAAACACCAAACAUUUCUCAAAUAGCUGUCUUAGCACGUGAUCAUAUGGUGUACUUCCUUAUUUUUUACAUUUUGAAGUAUAAAUUAAUUUUUCCUAUAAAGAUGUUAUUUAAAUGUAUAUAAAAUGCUGUAUAAUGAAUGUAAAAAGGACUUUCUGGAAAGUUUUAGACUCCCUUAAUCCAAAAUGCUGCUCAAGUGAAAGUUAAUUUAACCAUCCAGGUUUUUAAUUUCUUGCUUUAGCAUAUUUGCAAGAUCGGGGAAGAAAGAACAUGAGAAAUACAUAUAUUAAAUUUGCUUAAUAUAUGUAUUAUUUGCUGUUUAUUUUUAUAGAGUAGUUUGGAAUGUGAAUUUAACUGGUCCUUUAUAACAUGGUUUAUAGCAUAAAGACAUUAAAUUUAAACUUUAAAUAUUUAGAUUUUACUUUCAGACUUUAUAAUAGUACAAUUUAAAAAUCACAAAUAAAAGAAAAACCACAAAUUAUAUAUUGGCUUAUAGGCAUGUGGCUGUUUACUUAAAGCACUCAUUAAACAUUCUUUUGAUUUCUUAGGAGCAGUUAUAAAAUUAAUCCUAGAAGAUGAGAUCAUCAUUGCAAGAGAAUCAAGUUGGCGUUUGUGAUAAAUUUAUCACACUAAGAAAAAGGAAAUUGUAUUCUAUUUUGCUUUCUUCUGGUUUUUAGAUGCCUGAACUCAUAAGCUCAAAUUUUUUAAAGGAGUGAAGGAAUAGGACCAGCCACAAUAUUUAUUUUUCUAAAAGUCUAAAUAAAGCCAGGUUUUAAAAUAUGAAUUCUUCCCAGAAGCUUUAAAUGCACUGCUUUUAUAUUUAAUCUUAAGCAUAUUUUAUAGAAAUGGAUUACAAAGCUAUAGGCUUCAGGGUAGAAGAGGCACACUUACAGUUCUAGUAUUUCAAUAAUGUACUAAUACCCAGGGUAGGCAUUACUAUGAGGAACUUUGUUUUUAAGAAUGAGUAAGGCUUUAUGGUGGACUCUAGCAUGUGGAGAAUAAAGCUUUUAUUUUUGUGAUUCUGUGUUACUGUUGUCAGCAUCUUAAAGGUAUUUCCAAUCAAGUCAAGACUGAGUGCUUUGUAAUCCUAUUAAGCAAGUCUUGUUUUGAAUGGAUUAUCUGUAAUGACUCACUGGAAUGACAUAAUUAUAAAAGUAAUGCCAAAAACCAAGUCAAAGCCUAAUAACCAAAGCAUUUCACAUUUAAGACAUUCAUUUGAUCAUAUCUGGACCUAUCUGAAUGUCUCAGCAAUGUAUAAAUGAUGAGAUGUGCAAUUAUGAGGCACAAAACUUUGGGCUAAUGCAUGUGAAUAGCUGGUUAAUAAUAAAUUCAAGGUAUCUUUUUCUUAGCUUUUCUGAAUGAUACAAGUUAAAUUUAAUCUAUGGGAAGACAUUUCACAGCACGAUUUAAAGGAACAUUGGUUUUUUGCAGGAUGACCUCAGUUCAUCUAAACCCAUCUAUAUGAUUCUUUUCAGAUAAAGAUCAGUGUAUAUGUGUUUCUAUCAACUUUGUAUAUUUCAUCUUACUCUCUUCUAGAAGUUUUAAUGUGAGCUUAAAAUGUAUAUAAAUAAAUACUUUUGCAAAUAUGGCCUUUUUCAUAUAUUCCUUGAACUUGAAUAAGUAGUUUCAAUGUGUUGAUCAUUAGCUUUAGAAUGAAAGUAUCAGAGUAUCCCACUAGAAUCUCAGGACCCAUUCCAGACCUAUUGUAUCAGAUUUUGCA